AUGGUUGGACUACACAAAGUUGCAGUCGCUGCCAUCGUACUGGUAGAGACACUUGUCUUUUGUUAUGCUCCUAAGAUCACUGAAAGGUUUUCAAUCUAUAGGAGCAAUUGGAUAAAUGAAAAAACGUUGAACAAUGCAACCAGCGGUGCAUUGUUGUCCCUCGCAUUCACACACCUUCUUCCUGAAGGUUUUGGUGAUGGAGGUUGUAGCCUCGUGGUAAAGCACGUGGAUUUUAGGGGGUUUAUCAUGGGCAUGCCCAUUCUCUUACUGGUAACCAUUGACUUCUUCGCUGGUCACCAUUGUGGAUCCCAUUCCGUUGUGCACUCAGGUGUUAAAUCUCUCAAUGAUAGUUCUAUCCCAAAUCUAGAGGUCGACGUUGAACUCAUGAAUCUAUCGCACACACACAAGGCGCUAUCACACGUCAGCACCGACCAUGACGACAAAGGCGAGGGUCAUUGGACUCAUAUAGAAUCGAUCUCCUUGAGAUUGAAGCAAUUGUUCACUUCCAGAGCGCUAUACCUGCUACUCACAUUUUACGCGCACUCCGUACUGGAAGGUGCUCUUUUGGGUGCACAAAAAACAGCGGGAUCUCUAUGGGGAAUGGCCUUCGGCAUAUGUGCCCACAAAUGGGCCGAAUGCUUGGUGUUGAACACCACAGCCACCAACCUUAUCACGUGGGAGGCUCUUAGGCAUGCUUGCUCAAUCGCAUUCGCUCUCUGCAUACCCUUAGGGAUACUAAUAGGAUCUCAAAUAAAAGGAAAAUCGGAAACCACGCAGGUGGUAUUUCAACUGCUGGCAAUAGGAUUCUUCCUCUACUUGUCGUUUGAACUUCUUACGCACCAGGUUUCCGAGGAAGACAGUCAUAUGCGGUUACCGCUUUGGACGAGCUACUUUUUAGGGGCAAUAAUUAUGGCUGCCAUCUUGGUGGUAGUGGAAAUCGUGGAACAUGGCUCAGGAGAAGAGGAAACCCACGUGGAUCACAAAUCCCAUGGGUGCCACCUAGCGGCGAAACUAUAA